CAUUUAAACAAGUUUUCCUCUACCCGAAUCUCUGGGCCUUGCUUCUUCUCCGUUGGUUUGUCUCUGUUCCUCCAUUACUUCUAUUUCGACUUCCUCAUCUUCAGACAGCGAGAGCUCAUUCCCUUCCUCCACCCUGACCGGUGUCUUUCCUCCUUUUCCGGCAUAACAAAAUAACUUCUUAGCUUGACCUCCUUGCUGGCUUCUCUCUUCCCCUUCGAUCAUCCAUUCUUCUUCUCUAGGAACGAGUGAAACCUCUCCCGAAAAGCUCUGUCCACCUUCACCUUUUCUCACCUUCUUCGCAUUCCUAAACCCAUGCUCCUCUCUAUGAGGUUCAUGUGAUCGUGAAUGUCCACCGCCAACGUAGCACCUCUCAUGAUGGAGGUUCAGUCCUGGGGUAGCUUGGAUUGCAGACUGAGAGAUCAGAGAAAAAAACAAACAAUUGUCGUUAUAGUUUGGUUUUUUAAUCCAAACCAUUUAAACAAUUUUAAAUCUGGAUCCGGAUCCAGAUACAAAUUAAAAUCCAAAAUUAAAAAAAAAAAAAACCCUAAUUUCAGAUUUGAGACUCUGGUCUCGCUCUAUUCCUUCUUGAUCUCGCCCUCUUCCUUCUUCAACGUGCGUCUCCGCUGCCGGCGUUUGUUGUUUCUGCCGCAUCCGGCACCGGAGCAGGAAGCUUGAAGCUGCGACGGUGCGUCCCCUUCCUCAUCUCCCACGGUGCGUCCCCUUCCUCUCUCGGAGCUUGAAGCUGCGAGUUCCUCUGUCCGCCACUCUGCGGCUGCGAGCUCUGCCAUCGCCUUGUCGUCGUCUUCUACCUCUCGUCGCCGUCGAUUUUAGCGCUGCUCGCCUCCAGCUCCAUCCCUUCCGGCGUUCAGUUUUAGGAAAGAUGAAAAGGUACAGAACUACAGAUUUUAAAAUCUCUCAGUGUUGAACUCUUCAUUUCAACGGAUUAUGCUGAAAAAAUAGAAAAUGAGACAAGAUUCUAGUGAUUUUGUUUGGAGGGAAAUCUAGUGGAACCCCAUGGAAAAUGCACUAUGGCAUUUAAUCUUGCAUGGUCAUCUCCAAAAGUAAAGUUCUCAAAAGGCAGCACUUUUCAUAGGAGAUACACAAAAUUUUAUGGGACUUCUGAGGGAGCUGCAAAGGAGUUGGCCCAUGAUGCAUUAACUCAAUACAAACGAUGGGAAGAAGACAUUGAGAAAUGGCAAAAUCCUAUUCUUCAGGAUGAGUUACUACCAGCAUGGUACAAGUUCACAUUGUUUAAUGAACUCUACUUUUCUUGUUGCUGGAGGAACAAUUUGGAUUGCACCAGGAGCUCCGCAACUUGCAAGGAAGGUAAGAGAUCUACUUCAAAAAUCCGGCUUCAGCGCGGUGGAAGAAGACAGAAGGAGGGGGCUAGAUCAUGGUGCUUGGGUUCCAUUGAUGUUGAUGUACCAUUGUUUUAUGUAAUUUAAUUUAUACAGUUCUUACCUAGUGAGAUAAGAUUUCGGUGUUGUUAACGUUAUCUCAUACAAGUUUGAUAAAGAAAUCUUCUUAUUUGUUUUC